AUGUGGUGGUGCUGUUCUUCUUCCGCUAGUUCAGGACCGAUGGCUGCGAUACGCAAAAAGUUAGUGAUCGUCGGUGACGGUGCGUGUGGUAAAACAUGUCUCCUAAUCGUGUUCAGCAAAGAUCAGUUUCCGGAAGUGUACGUGCCGACAGUGUUUGAGAACUACGUCGCCGACAUCGAGGUGGACGGAAAACAGGUAGAGCUUGCGCUUUGGGAUACAGCAGGACAAGAAGAUUAUGACAGAUUGCGACCACUGUCAUAUCCUGAUACCGAUGUUAUUCUCAUGUGCUUCUCGGUGGACUCGCCUGACUCGCUCGAGAACAUCCCUGAGAAGUGGACACCUGAGGUAAAGCACUUCUGUCCUAAUGUGCCCAUCAUCUUGGUGGGCAACAAAAAGGAUCUUCGUAAUGACCCGGCCACGAUCAACGAGCUCCGCAAGAUGAAGCAAGAGCCGGUAAAGCCGCAGGAAGGCCGAGCUAUGGCGGAGAAGAUUAACGCCUUCGCAUACCUGGAGUGCUCUGCUAAGAGUAAGGAAGGCGUACGUGAAGUGUUCGAGACAGCGACCCGCGCUGCGUUACAGGUCAAGAAGAAGAAGAAGACUAGGUGUUCCCUAUUGUAA